AUGCCAACGCCGGAACCGGUAUCCGGACAAGUUUUCGAUUUGCAUGAGCGAGAGCUUUUGAGACAGGGCCUUAAGCAACGCCAUAUACAGAUGAUUGCACUAGCUGGCACGAUAGGGACUGGACUCUUUCUCAGCUCUGGCCAGGUUAUUUCACAGUCCGGCCCAGCGGGCGCGAUUAUAGGAUACUCCGUUAUUGGUCUGUUGGUAUCCGGAGUGCUUGUGUCAAUUGCUGAACUAAGUGCCCUCCUCCCACUCAGCGGUGGCAUCAUUAGACACGCUGAACGUAUCGUUGAUCCAGCGUUAUCCUUUGCCCAAGGCUGGAACACCGUCUACGCAUAUUUUAUUUCUAUUCCGGGAGAAAUUGUGGCAGCUACCGUGCUCGUUCAAUUUUGGAUCUCUGUGAAUAGCGCAAUCUGGAUCACAGUUUUCGGCGGGCUUCUUAUUCUCUGCAACUUGUCGCUGAUACGAAUAUAUGGAGAGCUCGAGUUUUCGUUUGCAAUUCUUAAAAUAAUGCUAAUCGUUGGGCUUAACUUGAUGGCGCUGGUGCUUGUUUGCGGCGGCGGCCCGACAGGCGAGGUAUAUGGCGUUGGAUUUUGGCGCAAUCCAGGUCCAUUCACUCAGUACCUGAAUAUCCCUGGAGCGCUGGGACAGUUCUUAGGCGUAUGGCGCGCUUUCACGCCAGCGGUAUAUUCUUAUGCUAGUGUGGAGAAUGUGACACUUCUUGCUGGAGAAACUCAGAAUCCGCGAAAGAAUAUCCCACGAGCAGCAAAACGGAUAGUAUGGAGAGUGAUUAUUUUUUACGUCAUAACUAUAUUCAUGAUCACGUUGCUGGUUCCGUCAAAUGACCCGAAUCUCCUCAAAUCCACCGGCACUGCUGCUCAGUCUCCGUUUGUACUUGCCGCAGAUCGUGCAGGUGUUGCUGUAGUCCCUUCAAUUAUCAACUUUGUGGUGUUAACCAGUGCGUGGGGCUCAGGGAAUUCAAUCCUGAUGGGAGGUUCUCGCGUUCUUCUUGGGCUUUCGCAGGAAAAGCAUGCCCCUGCUUUCGUGAGCAAAGUCAAUCGCCUGGGGGUGCCGUAUGUGUCUGUCGCUAUGAUGUCACUGAGUAUCUGCCUCGGAUAUCUCACUGUCAGCUCAGGUGCUGCAACGGUCUUCACCUGGCUUCAGAAUUUGAUUGCUGCCUUUAAUUAUAUCGCUUGGAUGAUUAUUUGCAUUGUCUACCUACGCUUUUAUUAUGCUAUGAAGAAGCAAGGUAUUUCCCGAGAUGAACUUCCUUGGAAAGCCCCUCUGCAGCCAUGGAGCACCCAGAUAUUCCUUAGUGCUUACCUGGACAUUGCUAUCGUCCUCGUACUGUAUCUGGGGUACAAGGUUUGGAAAAAGACCAAAUUAAUUCCACUAGACGAAGUCCCUCUUAGAUACUACCUCGACCAGGCUCACAGAAAUCCUGAACCCCCGGAUGCCAAAAAGAGUGGCUGGGGUCGCCUGAACAUCUUGUGGGGUUGA